GUUUCAAGUACCCUUCGAUGCUAGUCUCCGUGAUGUUUGUUGCUGGAUGUGUUAUAUAUAUGGUAACAGUAGAAUUCUACGUGUAUGUAGUGAACAUUCUAGACAUAGUCCUCGAUUCUGUGGUAGAACAGCUGGAUAAGAUCGGCUGGCAUCAACAGCCUGACGACUCUCAAGGGCGAAUCCUUGAGCGAGAUAUCUCUCUGCUCGUAUACAAUGUUGCCUACGCCAUUAAAGUGUCUUCCAUCGUGUCCACUACUUUAGCUGCACUGGUCAGCUUCCUCAACAUUCUACACAUGAUGACGAUCAUUCAGGACAAACCUGUUUGCGCUGUAUAG